GAGUGCACGGUAAUCUGGCAAUGUGGCACCUGCGGCAAAAAGAGGAUCUCUAACCUGACUCCCCCGGGCUGACCGACCAGGCGGAUCAGAGAGCGAGAGAGCGCGACGCUAUGUCCUAGGUGUUUUUUCGCACGGUGCACCGGUGAGGAGGGACGCGCGUGUAUAUUAACUCUCCCCAGCUAUGUCCGCAUGCGGUGGACGAGGAUGAAUCUGCCGUCGAUCGUUCUCGGGGUCCUCUGCCUCCUGGACGUGUUCAGGUCGUCCCGCGCGUGGGACAAUGACGAGCUGGAGGUGUUCGACGUGGUCGAGGAGGUCAAUCAAAAUUUCUACGACGUGCUGGGCGUCACGCAGUCCGCGAACGCCUCCGAGAUCAAGAAGGCUUUCAGGCGGCUGUCGCUGCAGCUGCAUCCAGACAAAAAUCCGGCGGAGGACGCGGAGCUGCAGUUCAGAAAGUUAGUUGCCGUUUAUGACGUUUUGAAAGACCCUGGGAAGCGGCAGAAGUAUGACAACGUGCUCGUUAACGGGCUGCCGAAUUGGCGGUCAGCGGUGUAUUACUAUCGCCAUGUCCGAAAAAUGGGAUUGCUGGAGAUGAGCGUCAUCUUGUUCAUAGUCAUCACGAUAGGGCAGUAUCUCAUAGCCUGGGCGGCGUAUUUCGAGAAACGGUACACCUACGAGCAAGUUUUAGGUAGCAAACUACAAAAGAUGCAGAAGAAGAAUAGAAAGAGCAAAAUAGACGUUCCAGAUUUAGCCGACAUCUUGGAAAGGAUUCCUACUCCAAGUGUAUGGAACACUCUUCCAAUUCAGUUACCAAAGUGGAUAAUAGGUUCCGUGAUAGCCAUACCUUCUACCAUUCGUCUCGUCAUUCAGCUUGCGAAAGAAAGGAAAGAGAAGAAAAAGCAGGAGGAAGAGGAGGCGUUAGCACAAGAGAGCGAACAGCCGGAACCAGAAGUAACGUCGCGUGCCGUUAGGAAACGUCGGCCUGGCUUUACCCCGCAAGAGAGAAGCGGUAAUAAUUCUAAGGAAACUGUUAAAAAAGAGAACUGCGAUUAUACGAAUCACGUCGACGAGAAGCCGAUGGUGUCCGGUGGCUUGUGGACCGAUAAUGACAUAUUAGAACUGAUUAAAUGUGUGAAGAAGUUUCCCGGAGGGACUCCAGAACGGUGGGAGAAAAUCGCGAGCGUUAUGAAUCGUACCGUCGUGGAAGUUACGCACAUGGCUAAGAAGGUGAAAGAGGAAGGUUUGAAACCUGUUGAAACGGUGGAAGAAGUUACUGCGGAGGACAAACCGAGGAAGGUUAAAACUCGUAGUGAAAACACAGCCAGCGCUUCUGAGUGGAGUCAAGAACAGCAAAGAGCGUUAGAGGCAGCCCUGACGAAAUAUCCCAAAGGCAUGUCUGUAGAUAGGUGGGAAAAAAUUGCAAAUUGCAUCGAGGGGAAGACGAAGGAGGAGUGUCAAGUGCGCUAUAAACAAUUGGUGGAAUUAGUAAAAAAGAAGCAACAAUCUCAAUAGUUCAAUUUGUAUAAAAUCCUCUUUUCCCAAAAAUAUAUUUUGUAAUACCAUCAGGAAGUGGUAUUACUGAACAAUACCAUGAGUGCGGAAGCGGAAAAGAAAGUGAUAUUUCCUGGCUAACAAAAUAUCAAUUCGUCUCUUUUGGAAGAUCAUAAAUUUCCUACAGAUUCUUUUGUACAAAUGGUGCGUCAGCCGUGUUACAUGUAAUACGCAUAUGCGUCCACGCAUAUAAUAACAAACUCGGUUAUUAUAAGUGAGAGAUUAAUCUAAGGAGGGGAAAGAAUCAGUUAAAUAGGAAAAUCUUUCCUGUCAUCUUAUUGAAUGUUACUGAAAAUGUAUUUAUUUAAUAAAUUUAAUAACUAAUUAAGAGGGGAAAGACUGAAAAACGUAUGAUCUUAAAAUAUUGCCCUCUUCUCUAAGAAGACUGAUUACUCAAUGUAUCGUACUUUGUCGAAGUAGAUCUUGAUAAACGUUGAAGAGUA